AUGUGCUUCACCGGUGAAAUGUCGGCCGGCUUUGCCGCCGUCGGCCUCUUCGCUUCCUGGUGGAUCUACUCCAAGACCAACAACACGGAGCUGGCGUCGGGCGUCUUCUUCUUCUUUACCAUGGAGUUUCUUCAGGCCAUCCAGUACAUCUACAUCGCCUCGGGUCUGUCUGAUCCCACCUGCGACACCUUGGUGAACCAGGUCCUGACCCUCCUCGGUUUCCUCCACAUCUGCCUCCAGCCCUACUACUGCCAUGUGAUCAACGCCAGCCUCACCAAGAGCGAGAAGUACCGCGACCGCUACGUUGUCGUGAAGCGUCUGUGUCUCAUCGGCGGCUUCCUCCUCUUCAUGCGCUACCCCCUCUCCUUCGUGCCCCAACUCAACACCAUGGACGUCAACCCCGAGACCAGCCCCUCCACCGAGUGGCUGCGUGGUGACAAGCUCUGCACCUUCAAGACCCAGAGCAUGGUUCACCUCGGCUGGUCGGUCCCCAUGGCCGAUCCCUCCUACUACGUCAUGUCUGCCUCCAUCCACUCCUUCUUGAUGUUUGCCCCCUUCUUCGCCCUCUACGAGAAGAAGGGCAUGGUUGUUCAGGGUCUCUUCCUCUUCCUCUUUGGCCCCGUCAUGGCCGCCUUCAUCUCCGAUAACCUUAUGGAGCAGGCCAGCAUCUGGUGCUUCUUCUCCAUCGCCCAGAUUGCCACCAUGCUCUUCCUCAUCCGCGAGACCCUCCUCAUCCACUGGGGCAAGGGCAACAUCUCCGUGAUGCGUAAGGCCAAGGAUGCCAAUCUCACACUUACGAGCCUGAAGCACUUCCUCUUCUUCUUCGUUGCUGUCGUCGGGGUUUUUGUUUGUUUCUCUCUCUCUCUCUCUCUCUCUCUCUCUCUCUCUCUCUCUCUCUCUCUCUCUCUCUCUCUCUCUCUCUCUCUCUCUCUCUCUCUCUCUCUCUCUCUCUCUCUCUCUCUCUCUCUCUCUCUCUCUCUCUCUCUCUCUCUCUCUCUCUCUCUCUCUCUCUCUGGCGGUCGUGCAGCGCAGCGGAGCGCUGGGGGGAACUGGCGCCUGGUGGUGCUGGCAAUUGGACAACCAACUGGUCUUUGGCGCGGCUCGGGCGGUCAGCUCAGCUUGGCUGAAGCUUUGGACAAGGCCCGCAUCGCGCGGGUGUUCACCUCUGCCAUGACCAUGCAACCACCCAAGUAUCUGACGCCCAUCGAUGCCCGUCAGGCCUCUUUCAAAUCCCACCUCUUGUUUUCCUUUGAUAGCGCUGCGCGCAUCACGGAAGAUGGUCUCAAAUUUUCCCGCGAUGUUCUCAGUCUGAUCAAGCGUCGCCAGCAGGCUGAACUCGAGUACAGCCGCAGCCUCGGUCCGCACCUCUGCCUCGCUCCCACGACAGCCUAUCCCCGCCUCGUUGGCAGCAACACACUCUCACCCAGCCACGCACACGCAAAUGACAUUCUAGAACGCAUUCAUGCUCAAUUCAAAGACCUUGUUCCCGACGAUAAAGCCUUGGACCUGGGCACCGUGACGGAUGACAGUGCAUCCGACUGCAAGUUGGAUGCCUCCCGCAACUACCUCACGGUCCUUUGUCUAAUCAACUUCCUCAGCUCCUCUGGUAUCAUGUCGGGCGUCUACUUGAUGAUUCAGGAAACCUUUGCCACGGCGCGCCGCCACGAAAUCAUGGCGCAAAGAUUGUUAAACGACGUGGUGGAUGAACUGGCUCAAUGCUGUCGCGAAACCGAAACAUUUCGCAAACACCAAGUUUUGGAGGGACAGCGCCUGCAAAAGCAGCUCAAGGAUAGCUACACUGAGCUCAAGAGGCUGCAAUCAGCCCAUCACACUGCCACCAAGGAGGCCGAUGAGACUCGGUCCAAUCGUGAUCGCGCCCAAUCCAACCCUGGUGCCAAAGCGUCGGCCGUGAGCAAACUCGAAGCCAAGCAUCAGGCGGCAGAGUCCAAGGCUGAAGACGCCCGCGCCAAGCUUCAAGACCAGGAGCAGGCCUGCAAGGAGGCGCAGCAAGAUCAUUACAAUUUGCAAAUGCCGCAGGUGCUGGAGCAAUUGGAGAUGAAGGAAGAAGAUCGCAGUUGGCGCUUACGCCAAGCCCUCAUCCGGGCGGCGCAAAUCGCACGAGAUACAACACUGGAAAGUGACGACGCCCAGCUGAAGCUGGCCCACGUCAUUCAGCGACUGCAAGUGCGCGCCGACCUUGAGGAACGCAUCGCCGAAGCAAGCACCGCCGAUGAUGACAUGGACAUGCCUGUGACAAGCGUUGUUGCGCCCACCCUCAAAGCACAUUUGCAAGCCAAGAGCAUGGACACCAUCAAGCCUUUCAAAGACUAUCUGUUUCUCGUUGUGCGCCAUAAACGCCGGCUUUACCAAUAUGAAUCCGACAACGCGGACCACCCCAAAUUGGUGGUGACGUUACCCUUUGGCAACCGAGUUGUGCGACCCGUGCACGCAUCCUUGUUUGGCCGACCGCACGUUUUUCAAGUGAUUAAUCAAUCUCGCACAAUCUGCGUAGCAUGCCCAGACCGGGAGACAUACCACCGCUGGUUCAACGAAUUGACGCACAUUUGCCAGCCGCCCACCAACGUGGAUCAGCGCCCACACCUCGUGCGCUCCAUCAGUGUCAAGGUCACCGAGGCCAAGGAGCUGAUAAAAAGUGGGGACUACGUAGCUGAGGUUUUGCUGGAUGAUGAGCGUCAAGCGCGCACACAGGUGAAAAGCGCCACCACCGAGCCGUACUGGGGCCAGAGCUUUGAAUUCGAUGAUGUACCUCUGCAAUUUGAGCGCGUCAUCAUCCAGAUUGUCAAAGCCUCGAGUGCCUUGAGCGCGACGGCGCGGCAUCAAGCUGCGGCCCUGAAGCGCAAGGUGGCGUCGAUUGCGCGCGCUGAUCCCUCGCCGCGCAAGGGGAGUCGAGUGUCAGCCACCGAGUUCUCGGCUGGCUCUGGCAUCAAAGACCGACGCGAUGCCGAUGUCGUCGGUAAUGUCAAGCUUCAGCGAGUGCGAGGUGUUGAUAUCAUGGUGACUGCCGGCACGUGUGGAUGCAGACGUGCCGAAGUUCUCAUCUCUGCCAACACCAUGGGUGGUGACCUAGUUGGCCGCAUUCGACUAAAUGUAACGCAUACCGAUGAGUACAUCCGGUCAGCACCAGUGUAUAAGGAACUUCGAGAUGCCUUUAAGCCUUCGAAUGAGGCCGUCUUGUCAACAGCGCAGGCCAACAAUGCCUUGUUGUCGGUCAUGAUCACCAUGCUUCGAGCUGAGGUGCAGGCGGCAACACAUCCGGAGACCUUGUUUCGCGGCAACUCGUUGGCGUCCAAGGGCCUGGACUAUCUGAUGAAGGAGCUUUGCAUUCAUCAGGGCACGUACUUGGUGGAUAUCUUAUCAAGCCAUAUUCAAGCGCUGUACGACCUAAAGACAUCAUGUGAAAUGGAUCCCACGCGGGUGGAUAGCGUGGAUCCCAUGCGGGACUUGGCUGCCAACGAAAAAGCUUUGGUCAGCUACGCUCAGGCGAUAUGGAAAAGUAUUACGGGCGCACUCGAUCAGGUGCCGCGCGAGCUGAAAUAUGUGUUUCACCACUUGCACUCAUCGGUGCGCGCCAAAUUCCCGGGAGAUGAGGAAGCACCCAAGUCGGCAGUCGUCGGCUUUUUCUUUCUUCGCUUGAUUUGUCCAGCAAUCUUGAACCCCCAGCUCUUUGAACUGCAAGAGGACAUUCCCGAGGCUGGCGUGGCACGGUCUUUGACGCUCAUUUCUAAAGUGCUGCAAAACUUGGCCAACGGCGUCCUCUUUGGGCAGAAGGAGCCAUACAUGCUUCCUCUGAAUGACUUUGUGCAGAAGCAUAUGGGCAUGAUGGGCACGGUGAUUCAGGUUCUGUGCAACUGUCCGGCUCAGCAGAUGCCAUGCAGCCUAUUCUUGCAGGCCGCGCCCCGCUGCUUUGCUCGACUCAACCGUCUCUUACUGGACUGCAUUCCGGCCAUGCCCGAGGCCAUCGGGGACGAUGACGCUCGACACACGGCGGCGGCCUUGUUGGUCGACGUGGUGCGUAAGCUUCCGACACCCACGGAGGAUGAGCUCGUCAUGGUUCGCGAGGCGGAGGAGGAGUAUCACCGCCUCUUGGCCCACAAGCAAAUGCAGCUCAUCAAUGAGGCUGAACGGCAACAGCAAGCUGCCCUCCAAGCUUCAUUGGAUGGGAGUAGUGCCACCACGCCACGUCGCUCGCGAGGAGCUCUGUCGGGCUUGUUGCGUCGUCGACCAAAGUCCUCCAUGCCUGAUGCUGCCGAGCUGUCCUUGUCUCGAUCUGAACCGCCGUCGCCCUUGUUGAUGCAACGGCGUGUAUCUGACGCAGCACGGCUUUCAAUGGAAUCGGGGCCAGACGACGAGGUGUGUGUGUGUGUGUGUGUGUGUGUGUGUAUUCAGUUCUUGUUGAUGCUUCCGCAGUUUUUGGGCGAGAUGCCACCACCACCACGAGGGGCAGAGCCGACGACGAUGACGCCACAGGUUCUGCCCACGCGUUCUGCCACAGGGACAGAGCAGCAGGAUGAUAGGGAUGAGGUUGAUGCCGAUCCCGACCAGCCUAGCCCGACGCGCCGUCUGACCCUGGAAUACGAGGAGGCCUUGAUUGUAUGCCCCGAACAAGCGAGUGUGAGCGUACCACCCGCUCCAAACGCCUCCACCCCCAUUGCGCAACAACUGACGAUGCUGACAAUUUUCAGUGUGGGAGCUGCCAUGAUCCAAAAGUGUGAUGACGGUUACACCUGA